AUGCACACCUUCCUGUUUCUGUUCGAUUUUUCGAUUCUCUUGCUCAACACGGUCCCAAACUUCCCCGUCCUAGCCAUCAAUUUUCGAGCGACGGCAGCAAUUCCAUUUCUCAAAGAUUUUUAUUACCCCAUGCAUUGCUUCUUUCUUUUUACGGGUUUCCUUGGUAUGGGUGCCGUUCUGCGAAGGCGUAUGAUGGCCGCCGAUGGGGAGGCGGCAGUCGAAUACUUUGCGAAAAAGUUUCCGACACGUGCAUAUUUGGUCACCGACCCGACCGUCACGAACUAUUAUUGUCCUGCUUUGAAUCAAAUUUUCUCCAUUUACAUUGCUCUGCUUUUAAUGUUUUCCGCGAUUCUCUCUGCACUGCUCGGCCUGGCCGUUUUCUUGUUUAUUCAUGAUUUGGAGAAACAAGGCGCGUUAACUUCGAAAAGCCGAUCGAAGCAACAGAUCAAUGCCUAUUUGUGCGUUAUUUUGCAGUUCAUCGUCCCUACAGCGGCGGUUUGCGUCUGUAUAUUUGUCGGUAUUUUCGCCGUUUUCGAGGUCGAGAUCCCGUACGAAUUCCUCGACCCACUCGUCCCGAUCGG